AUGUAUAACAACAUAGAAAUACAACCCAUAGAGGGGUUGGUUGCAAAGUCCAAGGAGACGUCUUUUGACUACAUCUCCACCCUAGACUGGACCGAAAAUGGACCGGUCCACCAGGACCUGUACUCCACCCCACAGUAUGAAAUGGACCAAAUCAAUAACACGACAGAGAAGGAUGAAGGAAUGUGUGACUUCAGUCCAACCCUGCGAGAAGAGACUUCUGGGAUGGAUGGAGCGGAGGAGGAACAGGAGGAGGAGGAGGGCAGAGUGAAUGCUGUUGUAACCGUGUUCAGGUUCAUUAUGAAGCAGAGCUAUGUCUGUGCUCUCAUAGCCAUGAUGGCGUGGAGCAUCACGUAUGUUAGCUGGCUGACGUUUGUGUUCCUGAUGUGGUCGUGUAUGUUGUGGAUGGUGAGGGACCGUCGUCGUUACACCAUGCUAACCUCUCCCUUCAUGGUGCUCUAUGGGAACCUGCUCAUUGUGCUGCAGUACAUCUGGAGCUUUGAGCUGCUGGAGCCCGUACCUGGACUCUUCCUCAAGAUGGACGUGCCCUUCAGGCAGCUGGGUUCCAAGAUCCUAUGCCUGUUGAGCUUUUGGCUGUUGCUGAUACAGACUCUGACAGAGAGACAGGAGGAGCAGAGAGAGGAGGAUGCUGUACUCACAGACGUACAUGUGGAUAACCAACCCAAGAAGAAGAAGGAGGAGGAUGAGGAAGGAGGGGAGCAGGACAUCAUGCAGGUUCUGGGGAACAUGGUGAUGGAGAUGCUGGUGAAAUACUGGAUCUAUAUCUGUGGAGGGAUGUUCUUCUUCGUCAGCUUCGAGGGACGCAUGGUCAUGUAUAAGAUCAUCUACAUGAUGCUCUUCCUCUUCUGUGUGGCGCUCUAUCAGGUGCACUAUGAGUACUGGAGGAGGAUCCUGAAGUACUUCUGGAUGUCUGUGGUGGUCUACACCAUGCUGGUCCUCGUCCUGGUCUACACCUUCCAGUUUGAGACUUCUCUACCCUUCUGGUCUAACAUGACUGGCAUGAGCAAAGAGAAACUGAAGGACCUGGGGCUAGAACAGUUCUCCGUAUCGAUGCUCUUCACACGUAUCUUCAUCCCCACCUCCUUCCUCUUGGUGUGUAUCCUUCACCUUCACUACUUCCACGACCACUUCCUGCUGCUCACGGACCUGAAGGAUGUGUCCCAAAAACAGGACAGCACCAUCUACAGAUUGGUACACCAGGAUGGAAGCCUGGCUGACAUCACCAUGCUCUAUUCUGGAGAAGGAGUGAUACGGGAGGAGGAAGAGGAGAGAAACCCGAUGAAGGAGAAGAAUGGAGGGAUGAAGCAGAAAGGAGGACUCUGUCAGUCUAUAGACCCGUGUCGGUCGUUCAACAAGUCUUUUGAGUCCAGAUCCAGUUCAGGGCCGGGGAAGAGUGGCGACUGUAGUGUGGGAACUGAGCCAGAGCCCUCCACAGAACACACUAUCUCAGGUAUACAGAACACACUACCUCAGGGGAAGAGUGGCGACUGUAGUGUGGGAACUGAGCCAGAGCCCUCCACAGAACACACUACCUCAGACCUAAAGAAUAAGUGGCCCCUGGUGGUGGAGCGUCUGACUGUGCUGUUCCUCAAGUUCCUGGAAUAUUUCCACAAGCUUCAGCUCUUCAUCUGGUGGCUCCUAGAGAUGCACAUCGUCAAGAUCGUCUCCUCGUGCAUCAUACUGGUCUCUGUCAAGGAGGUGUCCUUGUUCAACUACGUGUUCCUGGCGUGCUGGGCCUUCGCUCUAACUGUUUCUCCUCUCUGGCAGGUGUCCUUGUUUAACUACGUGUUCCUGGCGUGCUGGGCCUUCGCUCUACCCUUCAGUCAGUUCAGACCCCUGGCCUCCAGUAUCUGUACAGUCUGGACCUGUGUUAUCAUCGUCUGUAAGAUGUCGUACCAGCUGGAAUCUAUACAACCUGCCUCUUACUCCAAGAACUGCUCCAUGCCAAUGAAAUACACAGAGAAACAGAGAGAAGAGAUGAAAGACUCUCUGCUGUACAAGGAGCCAGUAGACCCUUCCAACUGGGUCGGUCUCAACAAGUUCAACCCUCUACUGGAGAACCUCAGGAACAACCUGCUGAUGUUGGCCAUGCUGGCGUUUGAGGUGACCAUCUACCGUCACCAGCAGUACUACAGGCUGAGGAACAAGCUCACCACGCCCGCCGCUCGCAUCAUCUUCCAUGACAUCACGCGACAACACCUCGACAACGGCAUCGUCAACUGUGCCAAGUACUUCAUCAACUACUUCUUCUACAAGUUUGGGCUGGAGACAUGCUUCCUACUGACGGUGAAUGUGAUUGGCCAGCGUAUGGACUUCUAUGCUGUGCUGCAUGCCUUCGCUCUGAUAGCCGUGAUGUACAGACGUAGGAGGAAAGCUAUAGCUGAGAUCUGGCCUAAAUACUGUUGUUUCCUGGCCUGUCUGCUAACCUGGCAGUACUUUGUCUGCAUCGGGAUACCACCUGCAGCCUGUGAAGACUACCCAUGGAGGUUCCCUAACUCUGCAAUGGACUCCAAUGUCAUCAAGUGGCUUUAUUUACCUGACUUCCACACCAACCCCAACCCAAUCUUUCUCGUCUAUGACUUCAUGCUCCUCCUCUGCGCCUCACUCCAGAAGAGUAUAUUUGAAGAGGAAAACAAGGCAGCUGUCCGUCUCAUGGCCGGAGAUAACGUGGAGAUCUCUAGAGACCUAGACACAGCCUCUUUCAGCGUCCACAACCCUGUCCCCGACUUUAUACAUUCCAGGUCCUACCUGGACAUGCUGAAGGUCAUCACGUUUAGCUACCUGUUCUGGUUCGUCCUCACCAUCAUCUUCAUCACCGGCACCACCCGUAUCAGUAUCUUCUGUUUGGGCUAUAUAGUGGGAUGUUUCUACUUCCUGCUGUUCAGUGGGGAGCUGCUGCUCAAACCAAUCAAAAAGAUUCUCCACUACUGGGACCUUCUGAUCGCCUAUAACGUGUUUGUGAUCACCAUGAAGAACAUCCUGUCUAUCCUGGCCUGUGGUUACAUCAAUGUCCUGGUGGUCAAUAACUGCUGGCUGAUCCAGCUCCUCAGUCUGGCCUGCACCAUCAAGGAGUAUAAGGUCGUCACCAACAGAGACUUCACACCUGCGAAUGGUGGUAAGAAGUGUGAUCUGCCCAGCGACGAGGCUGGGAUCAUCUGGGACAGUAUCUGUUUUGCCUUCCUGCUGUUGCAGAGACGCGUCUUCAUGAGUUACUACUUCCUACAUGUGGUGGCUGACAUCAGGGCCUCACAGAUACUGGCCUCCAGAGGGGCUGAAUUGUUCCAGGCAACUAUAGUGAAGGCAGUCAGAGCCAAACUGGAGGAAGAGAAGCAGUCUAUGGAACAGCUGAAGAGACAGAUGGACCGUAUAAAGCAGCGCCAGGAGAAGUUUAAGAGAGGGAAGAAGAUGUUGAGCCAGGAAGAGAACCCCAUCCUUCCACAGGAGUCUGGAGACAGAGAGAACCCCAUCCUUCCACAGGAGCAGCAGGAGAGAGAGAAAGAACAAAAACAAGAACAAUCUAAGACUAAAAAAAAGCGGUGGUGGCAGCCUUGGGUUGACCACGCCUCCAUGGUGAGGAGUGGAGAUUAUUACUUGUUUGAAACCGACAGUGAAGAAGAGGAGGAAGAGUUGGAAAGAAGAGAGGGUCUACUGCCUCCCAAGAAGUCGGCGUUUCAGUUUGUCUACCAUGUCUGGAUAACAGACUCCAAGACAGCCAUGAAGAAACGAAGCAAAGAGAAGAACAAGUUCUGGAAGAGGUACACCAAGAGAGACAAACACAAAAAGGACAAGAUGGAUGGUCAUGUGACUAUAGAGUUCGGAGAGACAGAGGAAGAUCAGAAGGGAGGAGAGGAGAAGAAGUCUGAUGGACCAGACAACGUUUUGAAGCGAGUGUUCAACGUCAUCAAGUUCAGCUGGGUGUUGUUCCAGACCACGGUGGAGAGCUUCACCAAGUGGAUGAACAACGUGUGUAGAGAACACAUAGACAUCUCCACCGUGCUGCGUAUUGAGAGAUGCAUGCUCACUAGAGAGGUCAAAAAGGGUAAUGUCCCAUCCAGAGACAGUAUCCAUGUGUACUACCAGAAGCAGAUGCGUAUAUACAUGUCGCAGGGCUCCAGUCUGGACCGGCUCAUUGAGGAGGACAGUGUGUCGUGGUCUCACAGGGUCCGUAGAAGGAGAGGCAGCUAUCGUAUGGAGAGCCAGGACUCCAUUGUAUCUAUGGCCUCCAGGGAUAGUAUAUCCAGUGCCUACACUGAGGCCACCAUGCUGUUCUCCCGACAAGACACGCUGGACGAGCUGGACGGAAUGUCGUCAGACGUUCCCAUUCCCAAAACCAGCGAGCGUGUCCGGCCCAAACUCUGUAAGAUUUACGGCCUGGACGCCUCCAAAUCGACUGACAGCAGCAGUAGUCAAGUGUCCAGCGAGGCGACUCAGUGCAUCACUCUCUAUUCACGGCAAGGCACCAAUGACACCAUCGAGGAGGUGGAUGACGAACAGGACCAGGGGGAGGACAGGCAGAACGAACCCUUGGGACCCUCACAUCCGGAGACAGAGGGGGCUGAGGGAAGCCCCUGGUGGAGUGGUGGUGGUGGAGUGACCACUGAGGAGGAGGAGAGGGACCAGGGACAGUGGGAUCCAUGGGAGACUCCAGGCCCAGUGGAGGUCCCCUCCUUCAGGGUAGACAGUCCAACUUCGACCUUCCUGGCCCUUCGAUCAGGGUCCCAGGACUGUACCACUGACAGUGACGAUGGGGGUGUCCGGCAAGAGUACCGGAACACAGAGGAGCGGGGCCUGGCGGGUCAGCUGGACACCUCGGAUGCUCCAAACACCUCGGACACUGACGUGCCUUCCAGCUACAACAAGGCGGUGAGCUUUGACCGACUGGAGGUGAGUGAGGAUGAAAGCGACAGGGACGAUAAGAGGAUGAUGGCGAUGACCCCAGACACCAGCCGGUCAGACUAUCUGGACGAUCCCCUGCUGCCCUCACUGACCACUGAGCUGACCGCCAGCGAACUGCUGCUCAACAAGAUGUUCCAUGAUGAGGAGCUAAAGCGGUCGGAGCGGUUCUAUGUGGGCCAGCCCCUGGUGUUCCAGUUGGUCUAUGCCCUGUAUAACAUGCUGGUGGCCCACUCUGAGAUGGUGUGUUACCUAGUCAUCAUCCUCAACAACAUGCUGUCAGCCUCCUGCGUCACCCUGGUCCUCCCCAUCCUCAUCUUCCUCUGGGCCAUGCUGUCGGUACCUAGACCCAGUAAGAGGUUCUGGAUGACCGCCAUCGUUUAUACCGAGGUCGCCAUCGUCAUCAAGUACUUCUGCCAGUUUGGCUUUUUCCCCUUCAACCAGAACCCGAAGGUGAACGGGAAUAAACCCUACCACCCUCCAAACAUCAUCGGAGUGGAGAAGAAAGAUGGAUACGUCGUCUAUGACCUCAUACAGCUUCUGGCGCUCUUCUUCCACAGGUCCAUCCUGAAGUGUCAUGGUCUCUGGGACGAAGACGACCUUAAGGACACCAAGAAGGAGAUCCUUCGCCAGGACACUGAGUCAAAGGAAGAAUGGAAGGAGAGGGACGCCACUCCCGUGCCGUCCUACCCCCGCGAGAGGAAGGGGUCGACACAGACCCUCAGGUCUAUAAAUCUGGGCGUGGGCACCUCCGUGGACUCCAUGCACUACCUCCAGCAACAGCAGCAGACCUACCAGAGAAGAAAGAGCUCCAGUGGAGGGUCUCAUAUCUCCCACCAGUCAGUCCACUCUGUACGCUCCAAGAGAGGCAGCACCAACUCCAGGAACAGUAGCCGUAGAGAUUGGAGUGAGGGGUCAGUGCAGCAGAAGACCAAGAAACAGCUGAUCAUGGAGAAACUCAAAGAACAGAUGAUCAAAGCCAAGACCUUCACUAUCAAGAGGACCAUGAAGGUGUACCUGCCCAUCCGUCAGUUCUUCUACAACCUGGUCCAUCCAGAGUACAGCGCUUUGACAGAUGUCUAUGUCCUCAUGUUCCUGGCCGACACCGUCGACUUCAUCAUCAUCGUCUUCGGUUUUUCUGCUUUUGGGAAACACUCAGCGGGAGCCGACUUCACGUCGUCUCUGUCGGAGGACCAGGUUCCCGGAGCCUUCCUGGUGAUGAUUCUGAUCCAGUUUGGGACCAUGGUGGUGGACCGGGCCCUGUACCUCAAGAAGACAGUGCUGGGAAAGGUCAUCUUCCAGGUGAUCCUGGUGUUCGGGAUCCACUUCUGGAUGUUCUUCAUCCUCCCCGGACUCUCUGAUAGGCGUUUCAAUGAGAACACAGUAGCCAAGCUGUGGUACUUUAUCAAGUGUAUCUACUUUGGGCUGUCAGCCUAUCAGAUCCGCUGUGGCUACCCCACCAGGGUCCUGGGUAACUGCCUCACCAAGAGCUACAACUACACCAACCUCUUCAUGUUUCAAGGGUUCCGUAUGAUCCCGUUCCUGUCUGAGUUGCGUGCGGUGAUGGACUGGGUCUGGACCGACACCUCUCUGUCUUUAUCCUCUUGGAUCUGUGUGGAAGAUAUCUACGCUCACAUCUUCGUCCUCAAGUGCUGGAGGGAGUCAGAGAGGAGAUACCCCCAGCCGCGGGGCCAGGCGAAGAAGCCGCUGGUGAAGUAUGGGAUGGGAGGGAUGAUCGUCUUGCUUCUGAUCUGUAUCAUCUGGUUCCCUCUACUCUUCAUGUCUCUGAUUAAGUCUGUGGUGGGGGUGGUCAACAGGCCACUGGACGUCUCCUUCUCCAUCACCCUGGCCGGGUUCCAGCCCAUCUUCACUAUGAGUGCUCAGCAGAACCAGCUCAGAGAAGUCUCCAAACAUGACAUCCAUGGCACCUUCAUGAACUCAUACCAGUCCUAUCCUGAAGCGAUGCGGUGGUUGGAGUACUACAUGCCAGAGGAUCUGACCAUAGCUGAGUUGGAGGGCAGCUCUAACAGUCUGUGGACCAUCAGUCCUCCCAGUAGAACUAACAUCAUGGAGAUGCUCAGCUCCAAGGAGCAGUUCCCCAUCACUGUAGCUUGGUCUAUCCAGCGGAACCUGACUCUGGGAGCGAAGGCUGAGUUUGCGACUGGGAAGAAAGUGACGUUCCUGGAUGAGGCAACCAAACUGGAGCUGAGCCUACUGCUCAACGGGACCAGACGAGACAGAGUGGUGAUAAAACAUGUCUUCCCGCGGUACCUCCGAGCCCCUAGUGACUCCGAGGCCAAGCCAAUAGAACAACUGUAUAAAGAGAAGGUGUACAUGAGCAUCACUUUGGCGUUGGAGCGUUCCCAUAACGACUCAGCAGAGGUCCAGGAGUGGUGGAUCGUGAACCAGACAGAUCCGGGACAGAUCAGCGUUCGUAGGCCCAAGCACCUGUACGACGCUGGGCUGGAGCUCUAUGUCUUCAGUGACCAGGUCAGCCCUCCUAGUCUGGGUUUCCUGGCUGGAUACGGCAUCAUGGGUCUGUACGCCUCCGUGGUGCUCGUCAUCGGUAAGUUCGUCCGCGAGUUCUUCAGCGGUGUCUCCCACACCAUCAUGUUCGAGGAGCUGCCCAACGUGGACCGCAUCCUGAAGCUCUGCACCGACAUCUUCCUGGUCCGAGAGACGGGAGAGCUGGACCUGGAGGAAGACAUGUACGCUAAACUCAUCUUCCUCUAUCGCUCGCCUGAGACUAUUAUCAAAUGGACCAGGGACAAGACUCAGUGAGCCUGGUUGUAUAGGUUUAGUUAUCCAUUAACGUGGAUAGAAGUUUAACAGUGUUUCUCAACCACUGACUAGUCCGUGAAUACUUGACCAGUCUCUGGGACGUUGAUGUUACUGACUGACCUGAGAACUAUUCUUAAGUGUUAUUGAUUUUUUAUGUAAGAAAGGAAGGAAGGACCAAAGCUUGCCGAUCCCUGUUGAGAAAACGGUUGAGAAACACUGUCUUAGAACACAAUUGAUAAAAUAAUAUCGUGACCGAGGCGUCAGGAAACAAUGAAAAUUAGGACAAAGAACGGGGGUCUUCACUGAGAGGACAUAAGGGUGAGGUUAAAUAUUAUCUACAAAGCUCUGGUGGUAUGAGCUUCAAAUACUGGCCUGACUAUUCUACUUUAGACCAAUGAUGUGUCAAAUAUUACAAGUAACCUUCUGUCCCUGUAUCGUCCCUCGUUGUCUUUUCCCCGACAGCAGUGUGGACGAUACAGGUCAGUGUUUUAAAAAGGGCUUCCCACCAAUGGAUGAUAACCAUGAAAAUGACCUUACACAGGAUUGGUCAGUUUAAAUUUCCAACCUUUUCCUGAUUGGAGCUCCUGGUUCAUGUGAUUGUGCAAUAUUAUAGAGCUCUUCGUCAUGUCCCCCGAGACGACCAUUUUGAAGGAUGUUGUCAUUGCUACAUACGAGACGGCCAUUUUGAAGGAUGUUGUCAUUGCUACAUACGAGACGGCCAUUUUGAAGGAUGUUGUCAUUGCUACAUACGAGACGGCCAUUUUGAAGGAUGUUGUCAUUGUUCCAUACGAGACGACCAAGAUUGCAGGCGACUACACCAUCUUGUUAAAACAGAGAGCUACUUCUAAAGACGCUAAUGACAAUCUAUACUUGCCUUGUUUAGUUUGUUUGUAUGAGAAACUAAACCUGUGUUAAUGAUUUCUCAGGAAAAGACAAGAGUUGUUGUUUCAUCAAGAAAGGUUUCACUUUUACUCAAUGUAAUGUUUAGAGUAUAGAUACUUUAAUAUGUUGUUUUGGUAGCUAAUAGACGGUUGAGUUGAUUUACCUACUUAAAGAUCAUAAAAACAUGAGAAUAAUAUAAAAUUAUAUAAUAAUAUAAUAUAAAAACAAAACUGUGAUAUAUUCAAGAUUGAUGUUGGUCUAUUUCCUGUUGGUCUAUUUCCUGUUGGUCUAUUUCCUAGUAUG